AUGUCCAAGAAUACCAUUGUUUUCGGUGCCCACGGCAAAGUAGGCCAAAGAUUGAUCGGCGUGCUUGCCAAAAACAAGGCCAGUGCUACUGCCGUAGUCAGAAACGAUUCCCAAGCUCAGACCAUCUCCAAGAUUGCUGGAGGUUCUGACUCUAUCAAGACUACAAACUUGGAUUUGGCCCAGACUUCUGUCAAGGAAUUGGUUUCCAAGUUGCAGGGACACGAUUCUGUUGUCUUGGCUGUUGGUUCAGCUGGAAAGGACCUCUUGAAGGUUGACUUGGAUGGAGUUGUGAAGACUUUCGAAGCUGCUGUGGAGGCUAAGAUCCGUCGUCUCAUUUUGGUGAGUGCUCUUUUCGCCGAGAGCCACGAGUUCUUCGAGAAGUCCAGUCUUCGUGAUUACUAUAUUGCCAAGCACUACGCUGACAGAAUCUUGAUCAACGAGUUUGGCUCCAAGUUGGACUACACCAUUCUCAAGCCAUCGCUUUUGGGUGAUGGAGACGGAACGGGUAAGGUUCAAUUCCUCCAGCCUGGUCAGGAAGGUAAGGUCAUUGACCGCCAGGACGUUGCUCAGUCCAUCUACAAGAUCUUGGACUUGAAGAGCACUUUUGGCAAGAGCUACAACUACACUGCUGGUGACCAGUCAAUUGACAGUGACCUGACCUGGAACUGA